CCUCCGCAGAGGCUCUGACAGGUUUUAGGUGGGGAGAGUCCGCUGUACGUAGUGAGUGCAGGCGUAAUAAAAUGGCGAGAGCGGCCGCGAGAGCCUCUGCCAGAUGUCACGCCCAAUAUGGCCGCCAUCUGGGGGAGGUAACUUUUCAUCAGUAUUCCUCACCGGGGUAUGCCGCACAUGUUUGUCGGUCAGCAAAAUGGCGGCCAGAUUGGAAUGUCCUGUUCUGCGGUUACGCGAUGUUCAAGUACAAAAAACGUAUUUGGAUGCGUGGAAAGCUGGAAAACUUUGUUGUCCUCAUAAAGACUGUUUGUCUGAAAGUAUUUUGCUAUGUAGCGAUGGCUUAAAGCAUCACUUCAGAAUUCGACAUUCGCGAGACCCGCCAUGUGGCGAUCAAGAAAUUAAAGAAGGAAAGAAUAUCUUAAGGAAACGUUUGGCAGAUGAAACUCUGAACAACUUAUUGAUUCUGUCUCAAAAGAGAAGAGAACAAAAUUCAGCUCAUUAUGAAUCAUUCACCAUUGAAUUCAAUGAUGAAUGUUUUGCCUUAGUGGCAACACACGAGAAAGAGGCAGCAAAGCUGUUUGGCCUUUACCUUUGGCAUAAAGGAGUAUUGAACUGGCUGGAGGCUGGAAAUAAACCUGUAACAGUUGCCGUGAAGAACAAGUGGUUGGAGUCAACAUUUGCCUUGUGGCGAAAUAAGGAAAAAAUCUAUGCAGAAGCCACGUUUCAUAAAAAGUUUCAGGCAAGUCCACUACCUACUCCUGCACCUGAAACCCAGCCAGUUCAUGCUGGAAUUAUGCAAGGGGUUCCAGAUGCCGUGUCUAAAGAAGAUGAACCUCUCCAUGUCAUGAAGACAGUUUUCGGAUAUGAUUCCUUCCGUGAGGGACAACAACAGGCCAUCCAAGCCAUAGUUGAGGGCAAAGACUGUGUAAUAUUGAUGCCCACUGGGGGAGGCAAAAGCUUAAUUUUUACUAUUGCUUCCAUAAUUAAGCAAGGUCUAACUGUCAUUAUUGAACCUCUAAAAUUUUUAAUGGAAGAGCAGGUUGCUGCUCUGAGGGAAAAAGGUGUGUCUGCCUUUUACUUUAACUCUUCACUCACAGACACAGAGAUGGAUUUUGUAGUUCACAGUCUUACUCGGUUUAGGUCCCAAUAUGUUAUGCUUUUUACUAGUCCAGAAUGUAUUUUUAAUGUAAGACUUCAAAAUGUCUUAUCUAACUGGAAAGGCAAUAGCCGGCUGGCCUUCAUUGCCAUUGAUGAAGCUCAUUGCAUCGAUUCCUGGGGAGUUGGCUUCAGACCAGAUUUCACAAGACUAGGAGAACUAAAAAAGUUUGGAACUGCAAUGGCAGCUUUUACUGGAACAGCAACACCCCAUACUUUGCAGGUAGUUAUUGACAGCUUAAAACUCCAGCAGUGUACUGUAAUCAAGACAUCUUUUAUGAGAGAGAACCUGUUUAUUGAAGUGCAAGAGAAGAAAGACAAUGCAAAGAAACAAGUGGCCACAAUACUACAGGAGAAAUUUCAGAAUAGUUGUGGAAUUGUUUACUGUGCAAGGCGUCAGGAUGCAAUGGACAUGGCUCAAGAGCUAAAGAAACACAACAUAAGUGUCACAUAUGUCCAUGGCACCCUAAGUGAUACUGACAGAAAGAAACAUGAAGAACUGUGGAGCAAUGGCAAUGCCAAAGUUAUGUGUGCAACAAAGUGCUUUGGAAUGGGAAUCAAUAAAGAAGAUGUAUGAUUUGUCGUUCACCUAACAUUCCCAGAAUGCCUUGAAGACUAUUACCAGGAAAUUGGAAGGGC